AGAAUCGGACUGAAGCUUCCCAAAGAGCAGCCGGCCUCAGAUCUGGCACCGCAGGACGCGCACAAGUCAGUGGAGUCAGUCGUCCUGCUUCCUUCAUCAUGCAUCCAACGAGACUGACAACUCGGCAGUGACAAGUGUUUCCAAAGUGGAAAGUAUUUACCCGUUUAAGCGAGCAGAUUGUGCGCAAAGAGCAAAUCGAGGACAAACUGUGCGUAUUUUUCCUGCGCGUUUUUCUUUCCUCCGCUGGGAGCCAAAAACAGGCGGAGUUGAGAGUUUCUGGAGAGAUUUUUUUUUUUUUUCAUUUAAAGGGGAAUAUUUUGGUCCAAGCCUUUUUACCGACAUGGAGUACACGUCAUCCCCGAAACCGCAGCUCUCAUCCCGGGCAAAUGCUUUCUCCAUAGCCGCUCUGAUGUCCAGUGGGAAGCCCACUAAAGACAAAGAGACGGAGGAGAACACCAUCAAGCCUCUCGAACAAUUUGUGGAGAAGUCCUCCUGCAACCAGCAGUCCCUGGCUGACCUGUCCUCCCUGGACGGGCACGGGGACUUCAGCGGGAGCGCGCCGGCGGUGUGCACGGAGCCGCUCAUCCCCACCAAUCCCGGCAUCCCUAGCGAGGAGAUGGCGAAGAUCUCGUGCAACUUGGAGACCAAAGAGCUGUGGGACAAAUUUCAUGAGCUCGGCACCGAGAUGAUCAUCACCAAGUCUGGGAGGAGGAUGUUCCCCACCAUCCGGGUCUCUUUCUCCGGAGUGGACCAGGACUCUAAGUACAUCGUGUUGAUGGACAUCGUCCCAGUAGACAAUAAGCGGUACCGGUACGCUUACCACCGCUCCUCCUGGCUGGUGGCCGGCAAGGCCGACCCUCCUCUGCCCGCCAGGUUGUACGUCCACCCGGACUCGCCGUUCACCGGAGAGCAGCUGAUGAAGCAAAUGGUUUCCUUCGAGAAAGUCAAACUGACAAAUAACGAACUGGACCAACACGGACAUAUCAUCCUCAACUCCAUGCACAAGUACCAGCCGCGGGUCCACAUCAUCAAGAAGAAGGACCACACCGCCUCGCUGCUCAACCUCAAGUCUGAGGAGUUCCGCACCUUCGUCUUCGUUGAGACCGUCUUCACCGCCGUCACGGCCUAUCAGAACCAGCUGAUCACCAAACUGAAGAUUGACAGCAACCCGUUCGCCAAAGGUUUCCGGGACUCCUCGCGGCUGACAGACAUGGAGAGCUGCAGGGAAAGUGUUGAGAAUCUGAUCCACAAGCACUCGUACGCCCGGUCGCCGAUCCGAACCUAUACCGGCGACGAGGAGAACCUGAGCGAGGACGGACACGCCGCACACGCCAGAGGCUCAGCGUUCACCGCCUCAGACAACCUCUCCCUGAGCUCCUGGGUCACCACCACUUCGGGCUUCUCGGGCUUCCAGCACCCACAGUCCCUGUCGGCCAUGGGCACCGGCAGCCCCUCCCUGCCCCACCCAAUCCAGGGCUCCCUGCCCCCCUACAGCCGCCUGGGCAUGCCGCUGACGCCCACCGCUCUGGCUGGAACCAUGCAGGGCAGCGGGCCGUCCUUCCCUUCCUUCCACAUGCCCCGCUACCACCACUACUUCCAGCAGGGGCCUUAUGCCGCCAUCCAGGGACUCCGCCACUCCUCCACGGUCAUGACGCCCUUUGUAUGACUCCGUCCUGGGGAGGAUCCUCGCUCUGAUGCUCAUCCCCAAUCCAGUGCAACCAGUUAUUUCUCCACUCCAACUCAUCACUCCUCAUCCUGUUUGUAUCUUUCCCCGUGGUCUUUGUAAAUAGUUCACCUGCAGCAAGUGAGGUGAAGAGGAUGUGGCAUACUGAUCCAGAAAAUCCAGAAAAAAAGGACUGUGGCGCCUCCGUAGGACCUGUGGACACAUCAGCAGGUUCUGUGGUUUCUAGGAACACUUUAGUGACAUUGUACAAACACUUACAACCUCAAUACAAACUAUAAAACCUAAUGCGAGACGAUAAAAGGAGCAUGUUUGGUCUUGGCCCUUGAAGAACAGAAAGUGGAUCCUCAAAUCCUCAUUUUAAUAAUAUUUAGAAGACCCUGUCUCCUUCUAAGAGUUUAACAGUCCCUACUGGCUACAGGGUCUUUACCGAGGCUUUAAAGAUGGCAGGUUGCUGUGUGAUCCUUCAAAAUGAUGAUUUUUGGAGAGAUCUGAUGCUACAGUGUGUUGGACACUAAGGCUCAGUCUGAGUCUGUGAACAUUUCAGCAUAUCAGAGUGGCGGAGCGGCCGUCUCAGCUCUCCUCUGUUUUUUAGAAAGCCAGCCAUAUGUACAGUUCAAACUUCAGACUUCACGCUCUGUUGAAAAUAAUGUCAAAAACAAAUGUUAACAUGCAUUGUACAAAGAUGAAAAUGCAACAUUUACUUAUAGGAAAAUUCUCACUGUAGAGUGUAAAAAAAAUAAUCAUAGGACGCAUGCUGACCGCAGUAGACAAACACGCUGGGUAAACCUUAUAAGGAAUAAUAUGGGACGAAUAAGCUGACCUGUGACAGGGGUAGAGGCUUUUUGCAUACUUUUGAAGGCCAGGUCACACCAGCAUGAAAAACGGCAACAUUUUGCGGCAAAAUCAAUUAAUUUCAAUGCAACCUGUGGAUUCACUCGCGGGGUGAAGUAAAUCCACACACAAUAUUCACCUUGGGGUUACACUUGAACAACAGCAAACCGUGUUGCUGACCUGCAAGGAAACGGAGAGCCUGAGAGUCCAAAAUGGAGGAAGUUAUUAUUAUUGUAUUAUCUGUUUUGCUCCAUAUACUACUUUUAUUCAACCUCCUCUGUUGGAGUGUAAACUGUUCCACAAAAGAGUAAUGGAUUACAGACAGUUGUGAGACAGGAACUGAUACUGUACAAAUUAGGGCUGCAAAUUAGUGGGAAUGGUAAUUUUUUUUUAUCACAAUUUUCAUUUACAGAGAAAAUACAAAGAAACUCUGAGGGUUAUUUUGACUUACUAGCCGUAGCGUGUUCCCAGCUUGCUAGCAUGUUAGCCGUUAGCUCACCAGCUGCAGUUGUUCAUUAACUGGCCCUGCGAGUUGUCGUUGUGAAGACGUGAGGAUGAAUUUCGCUGUUACUUUCUGGUGUGACCGGGCCUUGACUAAGACGAAUUCAUCCACAAAAUGUGUUGAGUUCAAAUCAUCCAUUUUAAAGUAGUCAUAUUUUAAUUCACUGUGUGAAAGUGGCCAUAGAUGUAACCCUCAUAAAUCUGUCCCCACUGGUCUUGAGGGAAACUUUUAUGUCAUCAUGACAUACAGAAACAUUUGAAGGGUAGGAGCAGUGUGAUUUCAUAUUUUACACUGUAAACAGACAGCAGCUUCUGUGUAGAAACAUCAAGUUUGUCUCCACAGUGUUUUCAGUUGAAGACUGUUGACUGCAGCCUUUUAGCAGUCGGUCUUUAGCAGGUUUUACCGAGCUGAUUCAUAGCAGCAUCAGAGCGUGUCGACAGGGCAUCCACACCUGGAAAUAAUGGCUCUCUGCUGUCUCAUUUAAAACAUGGAGGGAGGAAGUAGCUGGAAGCUGCUGGAGUCGACUCGCGCUCAGUAGCGGUGCAGGUGCAUAAAAAUGGCAGCUCAAUGGUGGAGAAGUCAGAGUAAUUUAUUAGAAAAAUAUGAAGAAAUCAAAAUGCAAGCUACACAGGUGAGAUGGUCCUACCUGGAGUGACACUUAAUAAUUCAUAUUCUUUUGGAAUCCAUUUUAUUACGAAGAUACAUUUUAAAUCCAGGAGCAAAAACACUCCAUCUUAUCAAGUAACUGUCGUCUGUAAUUGAGUCCUAAAACUAGAGCUAGACUGAUUUAUGGGAACAUUAACUUAUUGCAGAUAUAUCUGUAUCUGCGUAUAUGUCAGCCGAUAAAUAACAACACAUGGCAGUACAGAAAUGUCAAAAUAUGGUUACAGUUAUUUAGAAACAGUGUCUCCAUUGCAAAUGUUUAUUUUUCAUCCCUGAAAUUCUUUUGGGACUGCAACAAAUGGUUAUUGUUACUCUGCCGAUUAUAGUUUUGUCCAUAAAAUGUCAGAAAAUAGUUAGAAAUAUCCAUUAUAAUUUCUAAGAACUAAAUGUGACAGAUUAAAAUGACUUGUUUUUUCCGACCAUCAGUCCACAAAACACCAAAUAUAUUUACUAUCAUAUGUCACAAAGAAAAGCGUAAAAUCCUGACAUUUGAGAAACAGUAAAUGUUUUUGUAUUUUUGUUUGAAAAAUGACUAAAACGAUCAUUUAUCAAAAUACCUGCUGAUUAAUUUUCUGUCGACUGACUAAUUGAUUCCAAUUGUUUCAGUUCUAAAUUCCUUACUAAACAGAUUUAAGGGAUCAAAGAUGUUUGUUUAUGUUAUUUAUUUAUUUUAUAAAUGCACAUUGGCUGAUAUAUCAUGAUCAGAUUUUUUGUUUUUACUUUAAAAUAUCAAUAUCAGCCUCAAAUGUCCAGUAUUGAUUAGGCUACUAAAAACUUUAUUUUCUAAACACGUGAAAAAGUUGACCAUUACAGUGGGAUUCAUUCAACAAUUCAAGUGUCACUUUCUUGAUUCUAGUGCAGUGAUCUGUGUGUGUUGUUUCAUGAGACGCUCAGAUCUAGAAAAUUACUGAUACAAGUUGAAUUAUAUCGGAAACAACUGCAAAUAAUCUCACCACAUGACGUUUAAGGACACAAUCGUUGACAAAAUGACGGGUUCUGAUGGAGACUUUUUGGAGUGAGGCUGUCACGUUUUAUGCACAAAAUCCAAAGAAACACAGUGAAAUAUUUCAGCUUCUAGCAUGAUGAAAGCAGCGUUUGGAUGCAUCAAAAGUGGGACGUUGUGUUGAUUCAGGUGUGUGUAACAGAUGAUGAAGACACUAUUUUUCCGGCUCUGUGGAGGCAGAAUUCAAUUUUACAUCAUAGGAUGAAGUUGCAGUGGAAUAUGGACAUAAAUGCUCUUUUCUGACCCCUUGCAUAUCAUUAAUGUGCAAAACGUGCAAGCAGUUCAUUUUAUCUCAUCUGUUUAUUGAGGAAAGUCAAAAAUCAGUACUUUGACCCCCCCCCCAAUUUCUUUGCUUUGGAAAUCAAAUCUUGGUCCUUUACUGAUGUGCACCCUGAGCUUUGUCUGAAAGGUGUGCACAAAUGAACUGAAUGUUGAUUUCCAUCAGUGUAAAUGUAAAACACUUUCUUUCUGAACCAUACGCACAGUCCCGAUUUACCACUGAAAAUAAUCUCUUUUUAAAAAGAACGUUUUGUUUUCUUUUGUAUGCCAUAAUAUGAAUAUGACACCGAACAAGAUUGUGUUUUGAUGAUUUUUAAGUGCAAUAUAUUUAUUUUGCUCUCUGGAAAUAAUGUGUAAUGUACUAUGCCGCAUUUAAAAAUAGUUAUUUGUAAACCUUGAGAAAUAUAUAUCACCACCCAAACUCUUUGUGUUAUUUUUUUCACUGACUGACAUUAUGUACACUUUUCUCUCUCAAUGAAUCACAGAUUGUCAGAUAAAUUAAAUCAUUAAAUCAUUUGAAAACCUCAA